GCUUCUUUCACCCAGCCACGGUGCUGCUCAUAUCAGCCUCAAACGAGUCAAUCUUCCUCAUCUUUGACUGGAUCACAGAUGUGAUACGCCGAACACCGUUUCAUGUCGACCUUUCCGGUUGUUUCGGGACGAUGGCAGACGCUUACAAUACUUGACUCCAACGUUUUGUGCGCAUAUACCCACCCAAUCCUUGUCUUCAUCGCCCCAACGCAACUCAUCUUGCGCUACGAUGAAGCACUUCUUGCAAGUGAACGCCGAUCAUGAACGUCAUGGAUUCCAAUCGCAUCUUGGAUGCGGUGCUCUGGUCCAACAGCCAGUCUGCAUGUUGGCCUCCCUCGUGCAGUCAGCCGCAUGUCCCUCGCCCGCUGGCUCUGUCACCCUCCUGGGCCUGGUACACCCACACAAGCCCUCCCUGUUCGCAAUUGGUCUGCUCCAUCGGCCCGCCCUCAUCGACAUUAAUAUCGCGAGCUCGCGUGGUCCUCGCUCAGUGCGCAUUGCACCUGCUGCUUUAUAACCCUAGCGGCGUCCGGUCCUUUGACUUCUCUCUCUCUGCUUCAACACACUAUACGGCAUCUUACUGUCUACACUAUUCUAUCCAACGCUCUACACUAUCACCGGCAUCUCCUUUCUGUCUACGUCCACUGCCUCUUUGCGUAGCCUGUUGAACCUGUGAUACACUCCACAGCCCUAGCCCACACUAGACGCCCGACUCCGCUCGAACGACUCAAAGCCCUACGCCAUGUCGUCCUUCCUCAACCUCUUCCGCUCGUCCUCGCGGACCAAGUCCAGAAAAAACCAGGAGGAGGAAAAGAACAAGGGCAAUGGACAGGAGCGGGCGGGCCCAUCAGUUCGGGACUCCCAGCUCGAGGUACGGGUCGAGACCGCCGUGCACAGCUCCAGCGACGAGCGCCUACGCCAGGCCAAUGGGCCCCAUUCUGAUUCUGAUCCUGAUCGGACGUCGCAGCCCCAGUCCCAAUCCCAGCGUCCUGCCACCUCUCUUUCGCGUCUAGAACCUGGACCGUCAAAAGAUCAAGGCGAGGGCCAGGAAGACGAGUUUGUAGUGGUAGAGCCAUCCACACCUAUCGCGACUAGCCUCCACUCCGCAGACAUGCCCCUACGCCCGCUCUCGCCCCCGCCGCUCGACCUGGAGGACAUGCCGCGGUACCCGUACACGUCGUGGUACCAGCAGACCGGCUCAUCGCAGAGCUCGCUCGAGUCGCCGUCGACGCCGUCGAAUAUCUCGUGGAUACCUUCCCCCGCAUCUGGAAGCGGUAAUGCGGGUGCGAGUGGAGGGGGAGGGGCAGGUCCGGCGAAUCCCAACCCGAGCACGAGUACAACACCAAAACUUAAACCGUCUCCUUCGACGCUUUCCCUACCCGUGCAUUUUCCACCACCGCCAGACCACAGCCCAACCGUCACACUAGGCGCAGCUGGACCCUCCGCGUCCGGCUCUGUCUCUGGGUCCGGUUCGGGACCUGCGGCGGCGGUAGCAAGCCCGUCACCACUGCACCACGCCCACGUCUUCGCACCGCGCCCGCGCAUCACCUCGUCCAAGAGCACGUCCGCGCUGGGCGGGUACGGCGAGUUCGCCGCGCAGCUCUCGCCCAUCGUCGAGCAGGACUACCUCUCGCCCGAGCGGCGGCCCGUCUCGCUCCCGCCGACGUCGAGCGGGAGCAAGAGCACGUCGCCCGUGGCGCUCACGAGUACGGCGAGUGCGGCGAUGAGCCCGAGCGCGAGUGUGGGCGCGAGUGUGGGUGCGGGUGCGAGGGCGAGUGUCGCGACGAGUGCGGGUGGGAGCGCGCGGUCGCCGGUGUCGCCUGUUACGGUGGUGGUGCCGUCGCCGAGUAAUGCGGCGAUGAACCCGUUUCCGUUUCCUGUUGCGGGUGUUGCGGUGGGUAUGGCGGGUGUGCAGCCGCUGCAGGUUCCGAUGCCGCGCGAGGGUGAGCGGCUGAGGAAGGAGAGCGGGGCGUCGAGAUUCACCGCGCUCACAGCCCCGGCGCCGUCCCCCGUCCGGUCCACGAAGUCGACGUUCCUCUCCCGCCCGCUCAACCGCUCGCACAGUCUUUCUUCGACGCGUUCUCUUCCGCUUUCGACGCACACGCUCGGCGGCGCCUCGCGCAUGUCGUCGGCGACGCCGCCCGUCAUCCCGCCCAUCGACCUGCGCCCGGAGUUCCCCGGCCCUCUGCACACGCUGCGCAUCCCUGUGGCCUCGCCUGUUCGCGCGGGAGAGGCGGUGUCCUCGCCGUCGAGUACGCGGCGGCCGCGUGUGGAGACGGAGGCGUGGCCACGGGUUGCGGGGCCGGCUACGGCUGGGACGGGGAGGGAGUCGUGGCCGAGUUCGGGGAAGGCGGAGAGUUUUGCGACGGCGUAUGAUGGGGCUAGUCCGAGGAGUCCGUGGGGGAGGAGUGAGGAGGAGAAUGUGGUUAGGGGGAAGGGGAGGGAGAGGGAGAGGGUGGAGGGAGUUGUAGGAGCGGGAGUGGGAGUGGGGAUGGGUGGAGUGUUGGGCGUUGAGUUGGGAGGGGACGGGGGUGGGGGUCAGGUCAAGGACAGGGAGGAUGUGAGCCCGUCGUCGUCGCUGGGCAUCGACAUCAACGAGACGCUGCGCUCCUUCCCAAAGCCGCCGGAGCCUGUGCACGCCAGGAUCCCGUGGUCGAACUACCCGUACAUCGUCCCAGGACCGGAGUUCCUCGAGUUCGAAGACACCGAGCUCGGGCCCUCGACGUCGCGUUUGUCCGUGCACGAUCCGUUCGCGCACGCGCCCGACGCGGAGGUCGGCUCGGUGCACGCCGUCCGCCGCGAGCAGUCGGAGCAGUCCGCGCGCUCGGGCGAAGAGGCGCGCCGUUCGGCUGCGUCUGCAUCGUCGUCGUUCAUCGACCGCCGGUUCGCCUCGUCGACGCUGUUCGCGUCCUCGAGGGCUGAGACGCUCGUCGCGUCCAGCAUCGCGUCGCGCCGGUGCUUAGCGCAUCCGCCGCCCAAGUACUCGCCCAACAAUAGCAACAGCGAGAGCACGAGCGCAGGUUGGGGAUGGGCGCAGGGCGGCAAGGGCAAGGGCAAGGGCAAGACGAGAGCGGGGACUAAUAGCGAUGUCGCGCGUAUCCUGUUCUGGAUGGGAUUUGUGAUGCCGUGGUGCUGGCUGGUGGGCGGGUGGCUCGUCCCCGCUGAGCCGGAGGAUGCGUAUUGGGGCGUUCAGGGGGGCGUUUUGCCGAGGUGGGCGAGGAGCCGGCGGAGGCAGCAGGGGAGAGAGGAGAAGGAGAGAAAGGGGAGGCAGCAGGAGAAGCAGCCGCAACCUCAGGAUCAGGCUCAGAGUGAGGGUCAGACUCCAGAGAAGCCGCGGUCGUCGACGCCGUCUACGCAUCCGUAUGGAGGAUAUGGGUUGUUUGUUGCGCCGUCGGCUAUCGAGCUCGGUGCGAGCUCGCGGACGAUGCUGGAGCUGAAGCAUGAUCUGUACGACGAGGACAGGGAGAGGAGGAUGCCGGUGAAUCGGUGGGUGAAGCGGUGUCGGUGGGCGGUGAUCAUUGGGAUGGUUGUUUUUGUGGGCAUUUUGGCGGUUGUGGUUUUGGUUGUUGCGGCGGAGACGAACAAGCGCUGAACGCUGGGGAUGUCUUUUGUCGUUUCCUUUGUUUGACUUUUGGACGGGGACAUUCUAUUUUAUUUGAGUACUAUGAGCACGGCAUUGGAUAGUGUUUGCUGCAAAUUUGUGGGGAGAGUUAGGCUACAAGGUUUUAUGAAAGUUGGGGAUAACAUGG